UAUAGCCCAACUCAAUCGACUUUUCCUCUGUUCCCCUUCCUCUCUCUCUCCAUUCAACGAGAAGUAGUCUUUCCCCUCUCUUCGCCUCUGCCUACGUUGUGAUUGCUUCCAUCGCCGCCGCGGUUCGAUUGUGAUUCGUUGUUUCGUCUCAGCCUUACACCAGAGGCACUUGCGCCCACCCAUGGCUCGGAUCUGGGAGGCAUCGGUUCUUGGUAUUAAGCUCACGGCUCAUCGAAAAGUUCGAACUUGAGACCUUGACCAAGAGACCCUAAGUCUUUACCAAUCGGGCUGGGGGCAGGUCUAUUACUCAUAUACAUCAUCAGUAUAAUAAGAAUGGUCUAGGACCUUCAAGAAUUGCGAGGAGUUCAAUGUUUAAAGGGACAUACGGAAUAUCAAAUCUCUUUGAUAUCACAAUACACUAUAUUGAUUUCACCCAUAUCUUCAUAAAAAGAGUUACUCCAGUACCUGUGGGUGACAGCCUCCCAUUACAAGCGGCAUUGGUAUUGAGUUUGAUCCAAUCCGCAGAAGUUUAGGGAAAGACACCCCAAAAAGACUGGAGAGUGCAGUGGCUGGGGUGGUUACAUGGUGGGACAGUUCGUUGGUGGGUAGGUGGAGUUUUUCAAAUGGUAUAUGAUGCUUUGCAAUUCAUUGAGAGAUCGACUUCGGCCCUGGCUUCGUGAUUAUGAUAGGCUUCAGUCUUUUGCAGUCAUUCUCAUUUAUAUCCAGAUCGGGUGCGCAUUGAUUGGAUCGCUAGGGGCAUUGUACAACGGUGUAUUGCUUAUAAAUUUGGCGAUCGCAUUAUUCGCUCUGGUCGCCAUUGAGAGUAGCAGUCAGAGUCUUGGCCGUACAUAUGCAGUUCUCUUGUUGUCUGCCAUUUUCCUCGAUAUCUUCUGGUUCAUUCUUUUUGCCUACGACACAUGGAACAUCUCGUCAAAGCAAUAUGGACCCCUUUUUAGCUUUUCAGUGAAGCUUACUUUGGCUAUGCAGAUUAUUGGAUUUUCUAUUAGGUUAUCGUCUUCACUACUGUGGAUUCAAAUCUACAGAUUGGGAAUUUCAUACAUGGAAACUUCAGUUCCUCGAGAGGCAGAUUAUGAUUUAAGAAAUAGUUUUCUUAGCCCUACUACUCCUGUUGUAGCUAGACAAACCUCAGGUUCUGAUGAUAUGAUAGGGGGCUCUAUCUAUGAUCCAGCUUAUUACUCAUCCCUAUUCGAAGAUGGUCAAGAUAGUAAAUGUUUGUCUGGGAUCUCCCAUUUUGGUAAUGGUGAUAAUGGUUCUACUUCUGGGCUAGAUGUAUCUCGAUCAAAGAUAUCCCGACAUUUCCAAGUAGUUGAUGAUGAGCAUGCAGCUGGAAAUCAGCAGACGGUUUAGAGCCCGAGUCGGUGAUGUCACGAGUUUCCUUUACAACUAACUACUCAAGUGCGGCUGGUUAACGUAGAGGGAUGUGGUACAACUUCCCAUUAUAUCUAUCCUCAGCUAUCAAGAGAAGCCUUGUUCGAUCUCUUUUUUGAAGUGGUGACCCACCGGGAAUAUAAGUUCUUCAAACCGAACUAAUCUCAUUCUUUUUUUGUUACUGCAACGCACCAACCAAUGAGUAGUCUCUAGUCUAGUAGUGGUUCGGAUUUUGACUGGGUCCGAGCUUCCCAAGCUCUAUGUUGGGAAACUCUGCUUCAGUUUGACCAUCUUCUUGAUCACACCAACCUUCUCGUUUAGAUCUACGCUUGAUUAGCCGUCUCCAUGAGAUUCUUAUGUAGGAAACAUCAUGUUAGGUCUUUUGAUAGUCCUCUCUUAGCUAGGCGGUGGGGAGGUUAUAGGGUCCUUGUCAUACUCAAUCAUACAGGACUUUGUUAGUUUGAGCGGGUUCUUGCUAUGUACACCAAGCCUCGGGUUCUUGUUAUGUACACCAAGCCUCGGAGUCUGAAAGGUAUUCCAACUCUUAUGGUUACAGAUAAGGAUGAAUAAAUAGAACCAUUCUUUCUUUGCGAGAGGUUCCUAGAUCAAAUGCCUCUCCAAACCCCAAGCGGGAGCUACAAAGGCAUAAAUAUUCAAAAUUUUUCCAUCGAAGAAAAUUCUUGUACCGUCCAGGAAUAGAAAUGGCAUUGGCUUUGACGUCUCAAUAUGGACAAAAGUUAAAUAAAAUGAAUUAUGACUUUUCAGUUGAUCGUGAGCUUGUAUAAAAAUGGUGAACAGACCAUGAAGAUCAAUGGUGUACAAGUUUGGUUUAAUUCUCUUCGUUCGGGGAUAAAUACAAACCAGCACAAUCUUCGAGGCUAA